GGAAGAUCCGGCCGUAGCUUCUCAACAUAAACAGCAAUGGCGGAGGCAGCUGCAGCGUCUACAGCGGCUUCAUCAGUAACGGGAGGUUGGACCAAACACGUAACCUGCAGAUAUUUCAUGCAUGGUCUUUGCAAAGAAGGAGACAACUGUCGAUAUUCCCAUGAUCUGACCAACAGCAAACCUGCAGCCAUGAUUUGCAAGUUCUUUCAGAAGGGGAAUUGUGUGUUUGGGGACCGUUGCAGGUAUGAACACUGUAAACCAACAAAACAGGAGGAGCUGCCAACAACCGAGACGCUGCCGCUGCCCUCCGCCUCGCUGGCCGCUCAGUCAGACCCAGAACCCAGUGGGCCAACACCUGGUCCAGGGGCACAAGACUGGGUCAACGCCGCUGAGUUUGUCCCAGGACAGCCGUACUGUGGACGGGCUGAGCCGGUGAAGGCGGAGAGCUCUGCUCCUCUCAUUGAGGAUUUGGACAGUGACACAACUCAGGACAACAAAGAGUUGAGGAAGCAGCUUUGUCCAUACGCUGCCGUCGGAGAGUGCCGCUACGGUCUCAACUGUGCCUAUCUCCAUGGCGACGUGUGUGACAUGUGCGGACUGCAGGUACUCCACCCCACUGACAACAACCAGCGGUCAGAGCACACAAAGGCAUGCAUAGAGGCUCAUGAGAAGGACAUGGAGAUCUCAUUCGCCAUCCAACGCAGCAAGGACAUGAUGUGCGGUGUGUGUAUGGAGGUGGUGUUUGAGAAGGUCAACCCAAGCGAACGCAGAUUUGGCAUCCUCUCCAACUGCAGCCACUGCUACUGUCUGAAGUGCAUCCGCAAGUGGAGGAGUGCCAAACAGUUUGAGAGCAAAAUCAUCAAGUCUUGCCCAGAGUGUCGAAUCACAUCCAACUUUGUCAUCCCAAGCGAGUACUGGGUUGAAGAUAAAGACGACAAGCAGAAACUCAUCCAGAAAUACAAGGACGGCAUGGGGACUAAACCGUGUCGAUACUUUGACGAGGGGCGUGGAACGUGCCCUUUUGGCUCAAAUUGCUUCUAUAAGCACGCUUUUCCUGACGGGCGAUUGGAGGAAGCUCAGCCACAGAGAAGGCAGACUGGAUCCAACAGCAGGAGCCGGAACUCGAGGCGAACACCGCUGUGGGACAUCUUCGACGAGCGGGAAAGCACCGACUCCUUCGACAACGAGGACGAGGAGAUGGUGACGUUUGAGCUGAGCGAGAUGCUCCUCAUGCUUCUGGCCGCUGGGACUGACGACGAGGUAACGGAUUCAGAGGACGAAUGGGACUUGUUUCACGAGGAGCUGGACGAUUUUUAUGAGAUUUACCUAUAGCAGUCGCACCCACUAACCCCCCACCCCCCAUUCCCCAUGUAUACUAGACACUAGAAUGGACUGUCUUGUGCGAGUGAUGGACAGUAGCUUCCCACCCCCCACCCCUGUACUGUGGCAGUGCCUUUAAGCAGGCCAUGAAUAAAAUAAAAAAAAAAAAAAAAAAACCCAACCAGUCAGUGCGCUCGUGCUAAACAUUUUCUAGACAUCUAUCCUUGUGAGUCUUUCCUUGUGCGGUUCUUGUUAAAAUGAAAAAUAACAAAAGAACAAAAAGAACUCAAUAUAAGAUUUAACACAAAUUAUAACUUCAAAUAUUGCUAAUAAACAUUGUCAGGUUUAUUUGUGGGUGUGGGUUUGACUUGUUUAUCAUCUACCCAGGUGUUUGUACAUACUUCUGAGACUCUAAGGAUGCACUUGAACUUACUCAGCACCAUUUACUGUAUUUGUGAUGGGCAUGUUGUAAGAUUUUACAAACGUUUUUUGAAGGCUGGAAAUUUUUUCGUUUUUUCCCUUUUUUAUUUUCUUUAUUAAAGCCGCUGAUCGCCAAUAUAUUGUUCUGAUGUUUAAUAAAUUUACCAUAAACAUUUUCAUGUUGUACAGAAAAGUAUUUACUGUGUUCCCAGAAUUCUGUAGUAGCUUUUUUUUCUUACGGGUUUAAAAGCCAUUCAUGUGAUAUUUCCAUCAUUCUGGAGCACAAACUGUACAUCAAAGCCCACCAAGUAAAACUCUAGUAGGGUCUGUGCCUGUUAGAAGAAGGCUGACGUCUCAGUCACUGAGCAGCUCAUCACAGGAAGUUUGAAAAUAAGUCAGCUCAUUGUUAGACAUGUUGGUGCACAAGAUAUUUUUUCAAUAAAUGUUGAGAACAAGAUAAUGUUUCAAUAUGGCUCCAUUUAUU